GCUGAGGGGUGGUGAUGGUGGGCGGUGGUUUAUCUCUUAUGUCAGUCCGUUUUAAAAUAUUUGGGCCUGUCAUUUGAUUGCAUACUCUUAACUACACAUGUCCUGCUAUUUUUGUUUCCUUAUUUGAUAAUCCAUUUAAUAAGAUGUGCGAAUGCAAAUCAAGAUCUGACCUUGUGCCAUUUUCCAGCGCAUUUUUAGAAUUAUGUGAUUUUAUCCCUAGUUUAUGGUGCCGUUCUGAGCAGAUAUAUAGCUAUUCAGUAAGGUAGGAUUAAUUCAUUAUCAGAAAUCAAUUGAUACUGAUUGUCACCUGAAUGAGUAAUGCCUUCCAAUAUCAAGAAAAGGUUUGCUGGAUUCUUGCGGCAGCUAUCAAGCAAUAGCCACUGUGCUGCAGCUGACCAAUCUGUUGCUGAUCUGCGUGGGAGCACUGAUGGAUGCUUUAUAACUAAGUAUCUUAAUGGCGAGCUGUCGCGCUCGGAGGUGGCCAUUGACCACGCGCGGGACGCGGCUCAGCUGCCGGAGCAGCGCAUCGGCCCGCUGCAGCCGACCGUGGUGGCCGCCUACACGGGCCCGGCCGGCGGGCUGACGGCCGUGCCGCACCGCGCCCAGCCGGUCACCUCCAGUGAGCCGGGCAUCAACUACAUCGACUCAGACGACGAGUCUGAGGAGGAGCCGGCGCCCGCGGACGGUACGUCGCUGGCGGCGCGGCUGGCGCGCCUCCACUACCCGCGACAGCGGCUCGCCGGUAACCUGACGCUGCCCACCUGGGUGCCGCGCUCGCCGCCGGUGCCCUACGAGCGCUGGUACCGCAUCCGACAGGGCGACCUGGCCCGCUGCAAGGCCCAGACGCUGCCGGCGCGCCGCUGCUUCAGCGACCACCGGCUGGACGAGGAGGAAGAGCUGCUCCAGACCAUGAUGACCUCGCUGUGCAGCACCAACAGCGACUCGCUACCUAACCUGGGUGGACCGCCGGCCGCCGGCAGGGCCGCCGCCUCCCUGGACGACCUGGGGCCCUCCUCUCUGGAGGAGUUUGGACCGGUGUCGGUGGAGGCGGCCACUCCGACGGCGGCGACGCCAGUGUCGGCUCCCGGCUCCCCCGGAGGAGAGGACGGGAGGACGGUGAACGGGGAGGACGCUGCGAGGGAGCGAUCAUCACCGACGGGCCGCUCCUCAGACGAGUGUCCCACUCCCACCAACGCUACUGAGGAGCUAAAGUCGUCCCCAGAUCGGGAACUAAAGGACUCGUCACAGCCCAAUGGACUCCCCGUUGCGGACGAGGAUGGCGGAGUGGCCGGGGAGGGGUCGGUCUCUCAGCUGGACGGCGGGCUGGGCAGCAGCUGCAGUCAAAUACCGACCUCUGAAUUGGGAAGCCCGGCCAGAAGCGCUAGUUUCAUCAGUUUUGAGCGCGGCAGCGAGGUCGACUCGGGCUGCGUUACUGGCGACCGGUCUGCGAUAGACCCGGUGCAGACGGGGUCGGGGGAGGUGUCCACAGGGAGGGUUGGGGAGGAGGGGCGGGACACGGCAGCGCCGGGGGCUCCCACAGAGACAGCGGAGCAGCCAGCAGACAGUGGUACAGCUCAGGGAGGAGAUACCGCCCCAAAAGGAGACCUUCCCUCGUCAGGUUCCUCGGCGGGCCGGCCGGUGCCGGAGCGGACAGCGUUCUGUCCUUCCGGCUCGCCGGCCGCUCCUGCCGCCACCAGUACCCCGAUCCACUCGGCGGGCGGCCCGGCGGCCGUCAGCACCCCGCCCCGGGACCGGAGGGGCGAGCCGGACGGCCGCUCCUCCGACUCCGAGAGCGGCCCGGACCGGCCAGCGGCCGAGCCGUGCGGCGCCCACCUGCUCGGCUACCAGCGGUACACGAGGCCCGACGAGUGCCUGCGGCGCACUCAGCAUGACGAGAUCGCUGGGACAGUGAACUGGAACCGACCGCACCCGCGCGCCUUCGGCAGCUCCGUGUCGCUGUACGAGUGUCAUCCGGUCACCGGGGUGCACGCAGGUGAGCCGAUCGCCGACGCGUUCGGCGUGGUGUGUCGGAGUAACAGCGCUCUGCUGGCGCUGGCUGACGGCGUCAACUGGGGCGAGAAGGCCCGGCUGGCAGCGCGCUGUGCCGUACACGGCUGCCUCGACUACCUGAACCGGGCGCUGUUCGGCGCCGCCGCCAGCGUGCAGAGUACACAGGACGUGUUUGCGGCGCUGCUGCAGUCGUUUCACGCGGCACACAGUCUGAUCCUGCAGGAGGGCGGCAUGCUCACCACCCUCACCGCCGCCGCCGUGGUGCCCUGCCAGCUGGCGCAAGGGCGCACGCGCGCCAAAUUCGUCGUCUGCGUUUGUAAUGUCGGAGACAGUCUGGCGUAUGUGUUCAGCUCCCGGCAUGGUGUCAGGGAAAUCACCAAAGGUUCUCACGACAUAAACAGCAUGCGCGACAUGCGGGACGCUCUGGGAGCGCUGGGGCCCGUGGCCGGUCAGAACCCGGAGCUCAACAACCUCACCCUGUCAAUGACUCAGGUGGAGCCGGGUGACAUCAUCUUCCUCACCAGUGACGGCGUCAGCGACAACUUCGACCCCGUCGUCGGCAAGUUCGUGCUGCCCAAGAAGGCCGACGAGCCGUCUGGCGGACCCCAGCCGCCUGCUCCCGGCUCCGGCCGGCGGCGGGGAUCGGCAGAGGGCGCGGCGGCGCGACAGGCCGACGGUCGGCCCGCGCGACCGGCGGGCAACGGCACAGCCCGGGGCGAGAGCGGCCGAGGGGGCAAACAGCCGCGGCCCGGCUCCAAGACGGUGCUCACACCCGUGCCCAAGGGCCGGUCAGCCAAACAGAUCGCGGCCGGUCCGGUGCCGCGCGUUCCGCCGCCGGCCGUGGUGCCUACUCUGCCCGUCGUCACCGCCCUGCAGCGGCAUGAGCUCACGCAGCUGCGCAUGGACGACCUGCUGCGUAACGGCGCGCUGGAGGGCGAGGGCCGGGUGACGGACGCGCGACACCUGUGCUGCCAGCUGCUCGACUUUGCGUUCCGGCUGACGACGGCCAAGCGGCGGGUCCUGGAGGACCCGGAGCUGUACACGGGCGGGGACGGCGUGGAGCUGAGCCGGGCCGAGCAGCGCGCCCGCCGCCGGCGCGUCUGCGAGAAGCUGGCCGUGGUGCCCGGCAAGCUGGACCACGCCUCCGUGGUGGCCUAUCAGGUAGGCGAGGAGGCGGCGCCGCGCGCCAAGGCCGAGACUGCCAUCUAG